ACUCUUAAGAUGUCAUGUGCUUCCCCCUCCCGCUGCAGGGGCUCAGAAUCGGAGGUUGCAAAGAAUUAUCUGCAGUCAUGGUGAAGUACUCGAGAGAUCCUUCCAACCCUACCAAGUCUGCCAAGGCCAUGGGUCAUGACUUGAGGGUUCACUUCAAGAACACUCAAGAAACUGCCCAUGCAGUGAGAAAGCUACCUUUAUCCAAGGCAAAACGAUAUCUCCAGGAUGUAAUUGCCCACAAGCAGGCUAUUCCCUUCCGGAGGUUUUGCAGAGGGGUGGGUCGAACUGCUCAGGCCAAAAACAGGCACCCGAAUGGGCAGGGUCGGUGGCCUGUGAAAUCUGCUAGAUUCAUUUUGGAUCUGCUUAAAAAUGCUGAAAGCAAUGCUGAAGUGAAGGGCUUGGAUGUUGAUGUACUUUACAUCUCACACAUUCAGGUGAACCAAGCCCAGAAACAAAGGCGCAGGACGUAUCGGGCUCAUGGAAGGAUCAAUCCUUACAUGUCCUCUCCAUGCCACAUUGAACUCAUAUUGUCUGAGAAGGAAGAAGCUGUGAAGAAAGAGCCUGAGGCCCAGCUAGCUACCACCAAGCCAAGAAAAGCUUGAGCAGCUACAAGUGAGGCAAAUCUUCUCAGAAAUUUGUUUCUUUUUUCAAGUUCUUGUUACCUAAAUUCUUAAUGAGUUGCUUGUUGUGGCUAAUGAGAGAAUUUUGUUGGAUUUGGAUUGCCCUUGCCCAUUGUUUCAGUUUCCCUCUGUUUUGGGUACUAAUUCAAGAUGAAAUUGUGUAGGCUGUAAGCUUGCUGAGUUAAGUUGGUAGUUUUAUAUUGUUGAAGUUUAUUUGCUAAAGUAAUUAAUAUGAAUUAAAUUGUUGGAAUAGUUGUUCAA